AGAUCUAUGCCUGCAAAUUUAGGUCAUCGCACAAAUCUUUUAAAUGAGGAAGAACAAGCUAACUCUAAUACUUCUAUGCAAAUACCAACAAUUGAAGAAAAUGAUCAUCAUAUUCUUGAUUUGUUAUUAAACGAAAGUUUCAGCGAGGUUGAAUUGGGUUUAGAUCAACCUUUAACUAAAUAUACCUCCGAAGAGAAAAAUUCAAGUAGCAAUAAUAAUGAUAUCGAAACUAUUGAUCAGUCAAGAGAAAUAAUCGAUGAUUUGCAAGACCUGGAAGAAUCUUUAGUCUCAAAUGAAAAAGAAGAAAUAAAUAAUGUGUUGAUAUCACAGCGCUAG